AAUCAGUCUUCAGUGCCGAAAUGAACUUUACGUUUGGUUAAGAGUGAAUAAGGACGUUUCCAAAUUUAACCUGCGCAGUGAGAACAGAGCCCUAAACGUUACUACGGAAAUAGGGAGUUGUGAGGGAUAAUUUCCAUUUAGACAGAAUUCUUAUCCUUUAAAAUACAUACUUUAUCCUUGUUCAUCUAAAACGCAUUACUGAAACCCUUCAUAUCUUAAGAGUUCUCUGAUGCAGACCAAUGCCGUCAUUUGAAGUUCGGUCCUGAAGGAGCUUUUGACGGGAAACGUCUCAAAAACCAUGUGAUCCGCAUCGUUGAAGUUAUGGUACAGGAGUUCUGCGAAACUAUGUGUUAUAUGGAACCCAACUGUGUCAGCAUCAAUUUUGAAAAACAAGCGGGUGGAAACGGAAAAUACAAAUGUGAAUUAAAUAAUGUCACACACGAAGGUUACGAAAGCGAUUGGGUUAAGGAGAAAAACUUCUUCUACCAUGCAUCUGAGAGUGCUUGUGUUGAAAAUCCUUGCAUGAACAACGCCAUUUGUCAAAGUGGUUUUACCGAUAAAGGAUACCGCUGUCUGUGUCCUGCUGGAUUCAAGGGUGCGAGGUGCGAAGCAGAUAUUGACGAGUGCAGUGAGGCUACACACAAUUGUAAGCCCACUCACGAGUGCCAAAAUAGCAAGGGAUCUUACCAAUGCAUUUGUCGCCCAGGAUAUUAUGGAGAGGAUUGCCAUAUACCAGCUAUGACUUGUAAAGAGGCGUACGACAGGAACACGUCGAUUUUAAGUGGAAUGGUUACACUACACCUUGACUCAAAACCAUUUGUUGUUUAUUGUCACAUGGGAAAUUUUGGAUGUGGCGAUGGGGGAUGGACAACUGUCAUGAAGAUUGACGGACACAAGAGAACAUUUCAUUUUGACUCGGCGUAUUGGAGCAACAAAAUCGAAUACAUGCCAUCUGGAGGGGGCACUGGGUUUGAUUCACACGAGACAAAGUUAUCAACCUACUGGAACACAUCCUUCUCCAGAAUCUGUCUCGGUAUGAAAAUCAACCAAAAAAUCAACUUCAUUGUCAUUAACAAGCAGGCCGACUCUCUGAACUCAUUGAUCGCUGAUGGGCAACACCGCUCAACUUCAUUGGGUAGAAACACGUGGAAAACACUCAUUGGCUCGCAAGCAUCUUUACAGCUCAACUGCAACGAGGAAGGGUUUAACUCAAUGACCCAACCUGCGAGAUCAAAAGCUAGACUUGGCAUCUUGGGAAAUAACGAACCCAAUUGUGGCAGCCCUGAUUCCAGGAUCGGUUUUGGUUUGGCGGGAAGCCCUGAUGACUCUAACACAUGUGGAAAUGAAGCUGGACCAUGGCAGCCAGAUAACGGGAGCAAAAAAAUUAAAGCCAUGGGAUAUAUUUUAGUGCAGUAAAAAAAGGCAACAAAUCUGAUGUAAGAAGAGAGGAAAAUAAUCAUUUCAUCAUGAUAUUUAUUGCCUUAUAAUUAAGACUAAGUUUGUUUUAUGCUUCCCAAGACUAAAUAUCUUAAUAUAAGAUUAGUAUUUGUUAAAAUACUCGAGGCGCGAGAGAAUUACAGAAGGCAAUUUCAGUCCAUUUUUUAGCAAGUUUUAGGAUAUUUCUAUGCAAUCCAAAUGAAACAUGGAAAUAAACGCCUGCCCUGUUAAAGCACAUAUCAAAAAAAAAAAAUCAAUCAAUAGAGCGAAUUCCACCAAAUUUUUAGUCGUGUGCAGGUGCGCAUAAUUGCACUGACAUCCUAGAGAUAAUAUAGAUCAAGUGUCGUAAAAUUAACAUAGAACUAAACACGACAGGAAACAAGAGGAAAGGAAAUUAUCAAUUGUCCUCGUUACCUUGUACUAAGUGUGCUUAUAAAAUGUUGCCCACACGUUUAAUUAGUUAAGUUUUCGACAAUGAUAAAACACUGGAUCAAUACUGAAACGCUGCUUCAAGACAUUGACAGGAAUAUUUAACCUAUUAAUCACAACUGGCUGAAAAAUAAGUUAUCUUAAUUCAAUUCCUUUUACUAGCAAACAAGAAAAGGAAAUCAACAAGAAAAAACAACUAAAUUACAUUGCUGAAUCUAAUUUGAGAGUCUCAGAACGAGAAGCUGAUUUUAAAGGUUCGUGUAAUUGAAUGAUUGAUAUCAUCUGGCAUAUAGGUAAAACAGCUUUUACGUGUUGAUUAUAGUAGAAAGUCAGAAAGUCUUAAGCACUCUAAACAACAAACGUGUCUAGUUACAAUGAUAAGGUUGAGAUCGGGCGGCAGCA